AUGGCUAAACUUGUGCAUGAUGUCCAAAAAAAACAACAUAGAGAGCGGUCUCAACUAACGAGCCGUACCAGAUUUGGGUUCUUAGAAAAGCAUAAAGAUUAUGUGAAACGUGCCCAAGAUUUCCACAGAAAACAGUCCACCUUGAAAGUUCUCAGAGAAAAAGCAAAGGAAAGAAACCCAGACGAAUACUACCAUGCCAUGCACUCCAGGAAGACUGAUGCUAAGGGGCUUCUGAUCAGCUCACGUCAUGGUGACGAAGAAGAUGAGUCCCUUUCCAUGGAUCAAGUUAAACUACUCAAGACGCAAGAUAGUAACUAUGUCAGGACGUUGAGGCAAAUAGAGCUAAAAAAACUGGAGAAAAGGUCGAAGGAGUUGAUGUUCAAAAGCAGUGGGAAGCAUACAAUAUUUGUUGAUUCCCGAGAAAGGAUGGUUGAUUUUGCUCCAGAAAAGUUCUUUAAUACCACUUCUGAAAUGGUGAAUAGGUCUGAAAAUAGAUUAACUAAGGACCAAUUAACUCAAGAUAUCUUUAAUAAUAAGACCGCUUCAUCGAUAAUGCCCAAGGAAUCUUUAGAUAAAAAGAAAUUGAGGAAAUUCAAGCAAGUAAAGCAACAUGUACAAAGGGAAACCCAAUUAAAGGAGGUCCAACAGAGAAUGGACUCUCAAAGGGAAUUGUUGAAAAAAGGCUCUAAGAAGAAAAUUGUAGACCCUACAGGCAAGUCUUCAUUUAAAUGGAAGAAGCAACGGAAACGUUAA